AUGGAUAACUUCAUAAAAAUAGAGAAAAUCGGGGAAGGUACAUAUGGAGUAGUAUACAAAGGAAAACACAAGAAGACUGGAGAAAUUGUAGCCAUGAAGAAGAUUCGCUUGGAAAGCGAUGACGAGGGAAUACCAUCAACUGCUAUUAGGGAAAUUUCAUUGCUAAAAGAAUUAACCCAUCCGAAUAUAGUGAGCUUGAUUGAUGUAUUGAUGGAGGAGUCAAAAUUGUAUCUUAUCUUUGAGUAUCUUACUAUGGAUUUGAAAAAGUACAUGGAUACUCUGGGUAACAGAAUGAUGGAGCCAGCUGUAGUUAAAUCAUAUUUAUAUCAGAUCACACGUGCGAUUCUGUUCUGUCACAAGCGCAGAAUACUUCAUCGUGAUUUGAAACCACAGAAUUUGCUGAUCGAUAAAACUGGAAUUAUUAAAGUAGCAGACUUUGGACUUGGAAGAGCAUUUGGAAUUCCAGUCAGAAUAUAUACACACGAAGUUGUAACUCUGUGGUAUAGAGCGCCUGAAAUUCUCCUUGGUGCUACUAGAUACUCAUGCGCGAUUGAUAUGUGGAGUAUCGGCUGUAUUUUUUCAGAGAUGGUGACCAAGAAACCAUUGUUCCAAGGAGACAGCGAAAUUGAUCAACUUUUCAGAAUAUUCCGAAUACUAAGAACACCGACAGAAGACAUAUGGCCAGGGGUAACACAGUUGUCAGAUUACAAAGCGACAUUCCCAAAUUGGAUGACGAAUAACUUGGAGAGUCAAGUAAAGACAUUGGAUGCAGAUGGAUUGGAUCUGCUGCAAGCUAUGCUCACCUACGAUCCUGUAUACAGAAUAUCUGCACGGGCGGCAUUGCAACAUCCCUAUUUUAGUGAUCUGGAUACAUGCAACAUACCCGCUGCAUAAAACGUAGAAAAUAAACAAAAGGGAAAAAAGCAGAAUUUUGCAUUUUUAAUCGUGUGACUACGUGAAGAGUAUGUCUCAAGGUGUACUGAAAGUUAAUUUAUUUGAGUAAAUAUUCUUAAUUUUAAUCAUUUUAUCGAUUAAGAUUUAAAUUUGUAUUUUUUAGUAGAAUCCAUUUUAUCUGCGAACAAGCAUACGGCUCUUAUUAAAUUACAUAAAUUUCAUGCAUAAUAUUAUUAUAUAUAUAUAUAAGUUACUAUUAUAUGAUAACAAUAUCUUAUGUAACGUUUUGUUUAAGUUUUCUACAGUAUUCCGUUUAGAAUGAUUUUAUAAUCAAUAAUGUCAAUGCUAAAUAUUUUCCUUAUAUCUAAUAUUUUAUCGAUCUUAGAUCGAUAAAUGUUAGAAUAUUAUUACUAUAUUUGUACGUUACAUUUUAUUUACUCUUCUAAUCAAUUCAUUUUUGUAAUGUAAUAUAUGCGUUUCCUGUACGCAUCAUGUCAAAGAAACAAAUUACAAAAAAUUUUUCCAAUUUUACGUGAUGUGUUAUAUAAGCUAAAAUUCUUGUUUUUUAACUUUGCAUCUUAUUCUCUGAUUUAAAUAAUUUACAAUCAUAAAUUGUCAAUAGAAGACGCGAGAUAAGUAAAUUUUGUAACUACUACUAUAAAAUCUACUAUGCUACGUAUACGUGCCUUAACAGAAAAUUUACAUACUAUGAGCGUUGGUCGCAUUAAUCUAAGAAUGUUUAAUGUAAAAAUUUUCUAUUUUAUAAAUAAAUCAAUAUUUUACUGGCAUUA